UCUGAGCUACAUUAUUUUUUCUACUAGUCUUUUUGCUGAAAAGAAGCAUAAAGAGCAUUUAUAAUACUGAAAUUGAAGUUAAAGAUUACUGUCAUAAAUUGAAAAUCAGGGAGUUUGGCAAUUCCAAUCUCAAAGUUUAGUGAUUUGCAUUUGAUACAUUACAUUAGAUUUCUCUUCCUAUAAUCUAUACCGGAGUAGAAAACUGACAAAGGAACAAGGAAAAAGGAAAAGGCAAACAAACGAUGUCGUCGAAGAGAAGUCACACGACGGAGCUGGGGUGCAUUGCGUGCGAGGAGCUGAGCGAUGUAGGAGCUGGAAAGGAAGGUUGGUUUGUUGACAACCCAAACCUUAAAUGCGCUCUUGACACCCAUUCCAUCGCCAUUUCAAAUCGCUAUCUCAUUUUAAUCACUGGUUGGGACGAUGGGCCCCGUCUCAAGAUCCGACCCGAUUUAUCCCCCAUCGAAUCCGAAUCCAUCACCGCCCUGGAGUGGUUAGUGUUUGAUGAGAUUCGAGUUGUUGCGGUGGGCACUUCUUGCGGUUAUUUCUUAGUUUAUUCGUUGGACGGUCAUCUGAUUCAUAAACAGAUGGUAUAUCCUGGCCGGAUUCUGAAAAUAAGAGUCCGUGGAACUAAGAAAGAUUUGACCCAACAAACAUCUUCCUCCGAGGAGAUUUCUAUUGUUAUGCCUGGUGUGAUUGCGCGAUUUGAUGGCUCUGAUUUGCAGAAUAUGUUGCAAGAAUGGAUUCAAGAAAAGCAUUCUCAGUUUUGGGAUGAAAAGCCGAAUAGGGAUGCGGAUGGCUUAGGAAUUACAUAUAAGAGAUUGCCUUACCAGUUAUGGAAUGUUAAUAAAUAUGGUUCUUGUGCUGAUGCUGCCAUCACUGGCAUAAUGCCUCCUCCAUUAAUGGAAGUUCAGUCAAGUCAACGAUACUAUUGUGCUGUCACUAUUGGAGAUGAUGCUGUAAUUUCUGCUUACAGGCUUUCAGAAGAUAGAAGUAAGUCUCUAGUGGGAGCUAUUCUGUCAAAAGUUGUGCCUGCAACAUUCUCGACAAUAGCUUCUCUCUCCAAAAUGAUAUGGCGAAGUGAAAAGGCAUCGCCCAAAAAAUCAGAAGCAAAGCCUCAGUCAUUUGCUAAAGCUUCUCCUUUGACAUGUUUGAAAGAUCACCCAAGGAAAGGAGAGAAGCUCACAUUAUCACCAGGUGGAACAUUGGCUGCAAUAACAGAUUCACUUGGUCGUAUAUUGCUCUUAGACACUCAAGCACUUAUAGUUGUACGACUAUGGAAGGGAUAUCGUGAUGCUAGUUGUUUCUUCAUGGAAAUGCAAGUUAAAAGGGACAAUGCAGGGGCUAGUUCCUCUUACUAUGAACCAUCAAAGAGUGAUUAUUGCCUCUGUCUAGCUAUUCAUGCACCACGGAAAGGAAUUAUUGAGGUUUGGCAGAUGAGAACUGGACCACGUCUUCUAACAAUUCAGUGUGCCAGGGGUACUAAGUUACUCCAGCCGACAUACAGGUUUGGAUCGUCACCAGAUUUUCCUUAUAUUCCCCUAGAAGUGUUUGUGUUAAAUGGAGAGUCUGGUCAGUUGUCAGUUUUAAAUCGCUCUCUUAAUUGAGUUUCUAGAAGAGUUUUUAAUGUUCAUUCUUUCAUUUCUUCAAUUGUGUUUUGGUCUCUAUGUUGUAUGAUAUGAUAUGAUAUCAAAGGCAACAAUGUAUAAAUGAAAGGUGGAAUUCGAAUGCAUACCUCACUGAGCAGUCAGACCCUUCUUUCCAUUUCUGCAUAUUCAAGGCUUGGGAGAGAGGAAAAAUGCUUUCUAUGCCAUGAGAUACUAUUGUAGAAAGAUUUCAGGAAUUAUAACAAGUUUUGGUGCAGAAGCAUCAUUUAAUGUAAAUAAAUUUGGAUUGAAUAAAAAGAUAACUCAAAUUACAU